AUGGCCGCCACGGCGCGCAUUUCGCGCCUUCUCCCCGGCGACCCCGACACGGUCCGCCUCCUCGAGCUCCGCAACAUCUACAUGGCGGCCGACCUCUUCAAGCGGACCGACACGGAGCUCCUCGACCUCCUGGACCUCCACCUGCCGCGCGUGCGAGCCAUCCGGGCGUCAGUAGCGGCCGCGAUGACGCCCGCGCCGCGCACCACGCUCGACCUCCUCGACGAAGCCGCCCAGCGGUCGCGGUUCCUGCGCAUCGGGAUGCCCGCGCUGGAGCAGGCGAUGCGCGGAGGCGUGCCCGCGGGCGGCAUCACAGAGUUGGUCGGCCCGGCCGGCAUGGGCAAGACGCAGCUGUGCCUGCAAGCGGCGCUGCUCGCCGCGGUGCCGGACAGUCUAGGCGGGCUGGGCGGCGCGGUGGUGUAUUUCGACACGGAGCGGAAGUUCUCGUCCGCGAGGCUCAAGCAAAUGGCUCUGGAGCGGUUCCCGGGGCGGUUCGGGCCGGGACGGGACGCGGCGCUGGAGGAGGUGAUGCAGAGGAUCCUGGUGGCCAACCCGGCCAACUCGCGGGACCUCCUCAGGCGCAUCGAGGACCUGCAGGGCACGAUCAUCGACCGCGACGUCAAGCUGAUCAUCCUCGACAGCGUGGCGAUCUUCGCGCGCACCGAGUACGGCCGCGACAGCGUGCAGGAGCGGCAACGGAACCUCGGGCAGCAGGCCGCGGCGCUCAAGCACCUCGCAGAGUCCUUCCGGAUCCCGGUGCUGGUCACGAACCAGGUGACGACCGCGAUAGGUCCGUCAGCGACGCACGGCGUCGCGAGCGGGGUCGUGCCGGACGCCGCGCAGGCGGGCGGGCGCCUCACUGCAGCGCUCGGGGCGCAGUGGGCGCACGCAGUCAACACGCGGCUGGUGCUGGAGCACACUGCGGGGGCGCGGUGGGUCCGCGUGGCCAAGAGCCCUAUGUGUGCGGCGGUGGCCGUGCCGUACGAGAUCAAGGGGGGGGGCGUCGUGGAGUAUGAGGGCGUGGAGGCGCAGCACGUGCGCCAGGGCGACGUGCUGGCGAUGGGCAUCGAGCACGACCUGAACUACCACCAGAAGUGA